CAGAAAUGUCGUUCACCCUUCACUUCCUUUAGUUCCUCUGUUUGUGUCACGCCACAUGUUGUAAGUUGUAACCGUAUUGCAACAGAUCAGGUUGACCCUACGCCAUCGAAUUUUCAUAAAUACUUUUGGAUUAAGAUUUCAGAGAUUACUUCAGAAGAAAAAAUGGGCUCCCUGGACACAAAGGCUAUUAUGACACCAUCAGAAAAGAAACAUUUGAUAACUCGGAACCUACAAGAGGUUCUUGGUGAAGAAAAGAUUACCGAAAUUCUUGCCAAACGAGAUCUAAAGCUAUAUUGGGGAACAGCCACAACUGGGAAGCCCCAUGUAGCUUAUUUCCUGCCAAUGAGUAAAAUUGGUGAUUUUCUAAAAGCUGGAUGUGAGGUCACUAUUUUGUUUGCUGACCUUCAUGCCUAUCUUGACAAUAUGAAAGCACCUUGGGAACUACUUGCUCUUCGUACUCAAUACUAUGAACAUGCCAUUAAAGCAAUGCUUACUUCCUUGAAAGUUCCACUUGAAAAGCUCAAGUUUAUUAAAGGGUCUGAAUAUCAAUUAAGCAAGGAAUACACCUUAGACAUGUACAGGUUAUCUUCAUUGGUCACUGAGCAUGAUGCCAAGAAAGCUGGAGCAGAAGUAGUGAAGCAAGUAGGCAAUCCUUUGCUCUCUGGAUUAAUGUAUCCUGGUUUACAAGCAUUAGAUGAGGAAUACUUGAAGGUAGACGCACAAUUUGGAGGUGUGGAUCAGAGGAAAAUUUUUACAUAUGCGGACAAAUACUUGCCCCAGUUAGGAUAUUCUAAACGUGCCCACCUCAUGAAUCCAAUGAUUCCUGGCCUUACUGGAGCCAAAAUGUCGUCAUCCGAGGAAGACAGUAAAAUUGACUUGCUCGAUUCGGCCGCUAGUGUUAAAAAGAAGAUGAAGAAGGCUUUCUGCGAGCCAGGAAAAGUUGAAAACAACGGCGUGUUGGCAUUUGCGAAAUAUGUUUUGUUUCCACUGCUGAACGCUGGUGAAGGAUUCCUUAUUCAACGUGGUGCAGACAAUGGUGGUGACGUUGAAUAUACUACCUAUGAGCAGAUGGAGUCUGACUUUUCCCAAGCACUGCUUCAUCCGGGUGAUUUGAAAGCAGCAGUUGAAGUGCGCCUUAAUGCUUUGUUAGAGCCGAUUCGAAAAAUCUUUGAAGCCCCUGAGCUGGUGAAAUUAGUCAAAGAUGCUUAUCCUCCUCCGGCGAAGGUGUCUAAGACAGCUGCUGCUACUGACGAUGUUGUGGCGCCUCAUCGUCUCGACAUCCGAGUGGGAAAGAUCGUCGAGGUUAAUAAACAUCCGGAAGCAGAAACUCUUUAUGUUGAAAAAAUUGAUCUGGGUGAAUCUUCCGGCCCCCGUACAAUUGUCAGCGGCCUUGUUAAUUUCGUACCUCAAUCAGAGAUGCUCAACCGAAUGGUUAUAGUGCUGACCAACUUGAAACCUGCCAAGAUGAGAGGUAUUGAAUCAGCAGGAAUGGUUCUUUGUGCAUCCAGUGAUGAACCUCGGCAAUGUGAACCACUUGAUGUACCCACCGGCAGCCAGCCGGGAGAUCGAGUGUUGGUGGAAGGUUAUGAGACUGGUGAACCAGACGCUGUGCUCAAUCCAAAGAAAAAGGUAUGGGAAAAACUUCAAGAAGAUUUUCGUGUAAGCGCCAGUGGAAAUGCUGAAUGGCAGGGUAAUUCUUUGCUAACCCCACACGGUCCCGUCACAGCAAAAACUUUGAAAAGUGUUCCCAUCAAAUGAAGUGCAUUAAAUAUUAAUUAUUAUUUGAAUGCUGAAUUUAAAGGAUGUUCAAUUUUCUGGGGGAGGAAAAUUAAUACAUCUGUGUGAAUUAUAAAA